AUGUUUGACAAAGAACCUCUAGUUACUCACAUCUACACGGCCGAUCCAUCGGCCAAUGUCUUCAAUAACACUCUCUACAUCUACCCCUCACAUGAUAUCCCCACGGAUAUCCAAGACAACGACAAUGGAGACCAAUAUGCCAUGGAAGACUACCACGUCUUCUCCAUGCCCACGAUCCCCGGUCCCGUAACCGAUCACGGCGUCGUCCUCUCCGCAUCUUCCAUCCCCUGGGUCUCCAAACAACUCUGGGCCCCAGACGCCUGCACCAAGAACGGAAAAUACUAUCUCUACUUCCCGGCACGAGACCAGGAGGGUAUUUUCCGCAUCGGUGUUGCCGUUGCUGAUAAACCCGAAGGUCCUUUUACUCCCGAUGACUCCCCCAUCCCUGGAAGCUAUAGUAUCGACCCCUGUAGUUUCGUCGAUGAUGACGGACAGGCUUAUCUCUAUUUUGGUGGUAUCUGGGGCGGUCAAUUGCAAUGCUGGGGUUCCCAACACGAGGUUUUUGACGCGGAGAAAUAUACGAGUAUGGAGCCUGAAUCUGGCUCUGCACUCGGUCCUCGUGUUGCUAAAUUAAGUGAUGAUAUGCAUUCUUUCUCGUCUGCCGUCCAUGAAAUAUCUAUCAUAGAUGAGAAUACCGGGGAGAAAAUCACUGCACAGGAUCAUGAUCGAAGGUUUUUCGAAGCAGCGUGGAUGCAUAAAUAUGAGGGGAAAUAUUACUUCUCGUAUUCGACGGGGGAUACGCAUUUUUUGUGUUAUGCGGUGGGAGAUAGUCCCGAGGGACCUUUUGUGUAUAAGGGAAGGCUUUUGGAGCCGGUGGUGGGGUGGACGACGCAUCAUAGUAUUGUGGAGUUUCAAGGAAGGUGGUGGUUGUUUUAUCAUGAUAGUUCGUUGAGUGGGGGGAAGAAUCAUUUGAGGUGUGUUAAGGUUAGGGAGGUGUUUUAUGAUGAGGUUGGGGGGAUGAGGGUUGAGUAA